AUGGCUGCUGUCUCAUUGUUCAUUCUGCUUGCACUCUUUCACCCUGCUUUUUCUUUUCCUUGCCGACCUUUUCCAUGUGGAGAAUUGGGUGAGAUCUUUUUCCCCUUCACCAACAUCGAAACUGAUGAGAGAUGCGGUCCCUUUGUGGCGGAUGGCUGCAAAGAAGAAAUUAAGAAGGUCCAACUAGGGAGGGGAUCUCAAAAAUGGUAUCAAAUUGAAAGUAUCUUCCAAGACCCUUUCCAUUAUCCUCAUUGGAGUGAAAUUUCCAUUACUGACAUAGAGCUCCAGAGUAAGUUGAAUUCCAGGAAAUGUGAGUCCUUCCAGAAUCUGAGUCUUCCCAGUCUCCCUUACACUAAUUUCAAAAUUACGUCCAAACUAACAACCCUCCACAAAUGCAACAGCUCUAAAGAUUAUCCAAAAACUCAGUUUCAUUAUAACAAUUACUCGAAGUGCCCCAACUUCAAAAUCUAUUACGCUCGCAAGCAUAAUGCAAAUUUAUUACAGAGUCCUCCGCUUGAGUGUCCAAUUGUGAAGCUUCCAUUAAACAAAAACAAUAGUCAUGACGACGUAUUCCAAAUGUUAACAGCUAAUUUCUCUCUUCAUGUGCGCAUACGGCCUGAUUGUUACAAGUGUCAAUUACACGGGGGCAAAUGUAGAAACAACAAUGGAGGCUUCAAUUGUACUGGUGCGAAUGAAUACAGAAAUAUACCAUUUCCUGCUCUUCCUACAUCUUUAGAAGGACACAAAGGUAAAUGCAGGCAUAUUUCUUUGACACUAAAAUGA